AUGGCCUCGCUGGACCUGCCUUACCGGUGUCCGCGGUGCGGGGAGCACAAGCGCUUCCGCAGCCUCUCCUCGCUGCGGGCACACCUGGAGUACAACCACACCUAUGAGACCCUCUACGUCCUCUCCAAGACCAACAGCAUCUGCGAUGCUGCUGUCUUCCCCCUGGCCGCUGACGGGGCCCUGCUGACGCCGGCCGCCCGGCGGGACUACUUUGAGAGCACCUCUUUCCAAGGCAAGGACCAGCGCUUCUCCUGCGACCUCAUCCCCGCCGAGGAGCUGGAGCCGCCCUCGUCCUCCUCCCCCUCGCCCCGCUAUGUCCACGAGAUCGAGAUCCCUCUGACGGAGAUCUUCACCCGGAGUAAAGCCGUGGCGCCAGCUCCCACACCGCCGGCCACGAUGGAUGCUGCCUACGAGGAAGGCUUGGCCCGCCUGAAGAUCCGUGCCUUUGAGAAGCUGGAGGUGGACAAGCGGCUGGAGAAGCUGACGGAAGAGGUGGAGCAGAAGAUCGCCUCACAGGUGGGACGGCUCCAGGUGGAGCUGGACCGCAAGAGCUCGGAGCUGGAGAAGGCCAAGCAGGAGAGCCUGCGGCUGAGCCGGGAGAAGCAGGAGCUGGAGGACCGGGCAUCUGAACUGUCUCGGCAGGUGGACGUCAGCGUGGAGAUGCUGGCCUCCCUCAAGCAGGACCUGGUGCAGAAGGAGCAGGAGCUCACCCGCAAGCAACAGGAGGUGCUGCAGAUCGACAAGUUCCUGAAGGAAACGGCCGCCCGCGAGGCCAACGCCAAGGUCCGCCUCCAGCACUUCAUCGAGGAGCUGCUGGACCGGGCGGACCGGGCGGAGAAGCAGCUCCAGAUCAUCAGCA